AUGAAUAAGACUACACCUUCGCCGAGCCCCGUCCCCAAAGCUUCGCCAGGCUCGAAACCCUCUCCCUCGCCGGCCGCAGGCACAAAGCGCAAGAGAAAUGCCGCGGCCAAAUAUUAUGCUGUAAAGGCGGGUCACAAACCUGGUAUCUACUAUGGGUGGGAUGAAUGUCUGGCGCAAAUAACGGGAUUUAAAGGAGCGAUUUUCCAAUCGUUUCCCUCACAAGAAGAGGCCAACGCGUUUUUGAACGGUAUUAAGCUCCCUGCCGCGUCGCAGAGCUCGGAGAACGCACGAUUCUAUGGAAUCCAAAGGGGCCGGGUUACUGGAGUAUACACAGACUGGACAACGGCACAGGAGCAGAUUCGUGGGUUCCCGCGACCUCGAUAUCGCAAGUUCUCCACUCGCGAAGAGGCAGAGGAGUUUGUACGGGAAGGACAGACCCAACCCCCAGUCGGGUUCGGCGCGGCAACUGGGCCUUCGGGGCCUCAUGGGAUAACGACCGAAAAACCGAAAGAUGCAGAAGGGGUCGAGUUUGCACCAGGUGACGGACCAUUGCCGACAGGAGCCGAGGAUGGGUUUGACCCCAACGUCCUCCUAGACCCAGCCACUGGCAAGGUGGUGUACAAGACUGCCCCCCAGAUGGCAGCGACAAAAACACAAUCAACAGGUAUCCCAGGGAUGCUCCGGAUAUACACAGAUGGGAGUUCAUUAAGAAAUGGCACCCCAUUAGCAUCGGCCGGUGUAGGGGUGUUCUUCGGGCCUGGGGAUUCAAGCAGAAACGUAUCGGAGCCACUAAAAGGCAGUCGUCAAACGAACCAGCGCGCUGAAUUGACCGCGAUCCUUCGGGCGAUUGAUAUUGCCCCUCGGCAUCGAGAUGUAACCAUAAUCACCGACAGCCGAUAUUCGAUUGACUGCGUUACUGUAUGGUUUAUCAACUGGCGUCGCAACAAUUGGAUGACUCGGGACAAGAAGCCGGUUGAGAACAAGGAUCUGGUUGAGUCGAUUCUGAUCAAAAUCGAAGAACGCAAUGACCUCAAGAUCGAAUGGCGAAGCCUAGGGCUACUCCUUGGACCAGGCAUGGCUGCCAUGUGGAUGUGCAGUAGCCUAGUGAUCUGGGCCAUGGUUCCGAACUUCAAGUUCCUCCAUGCCCUGAUCAUCGGCGCAUGUGUGACCCCAACCGAUCCCGUUCUGUCCAAUUCCAUUGUCAAGGGCAAAUUUGCCGACAAGCAUGUUCCCCGUGAGUUGCAGAGGAUUAUUAUCGCUGAAUCUGGGGCCAAUGAUGGCCUUGGCUACCCGUUCCUUUUCUUUGCGAUCUAUCUCGUCCAGUAUACUGGGAUUGGAAGCCAGAGCUAUAGCGGUGGCGCGGGGAAGGCGAUGGCGUUGUGGUUCUAUGAGACCUGGGUAUAUACCAUUCUUUUGAGUGUGGUCUAUGGGACUCUGGUCGGUUGGAUUGCGAGGAAGUUGUUGCACUGGGCAGAGGAGAAGCGCUAUGUUGACCGGGAGAGCUUUUUGGUGUUUGCCAUUGCUCUUGCACUGUUUAUCGUGGGCACCUGUGGUUUGAUUGGGACAGAUGAUCUUCUUGCCUGUUUCAUUGCUGGAAACGUAUUCACACAAGAUGACUGGUUCCGCCUUGAAACCAUGGACGAUUCCCUCCAACCGACCAUCGAUAUGCUUCUCAACCUAUCUGUCUUCAUGUGGUUCGGAGCGGUCUGCCCAUGGUCAUCCUUCCUGAACAACAGCGUGAUUCCAAUCCAUCGGCUCAUCUUCCUGGGAAUAUUGGUCCUCCUAGUCCGCCGCCUCCCGAUCGUCUUCGCCAUGCACAAAUGGAUCCCUCAAAUCGAGCUUGUCUCCCAGGCUGCAUUCGUCGGCUUCUUCGGUCCCAUCGGAGUGGGCGCCAUCUUCUACCUAUCAGUCAGCCUUGAAUUCCUGCGUAAGAUACAAGUGGAUGGCGAAGUCCCAGAAGACGUAAAGCAAAUCAUGGAGACCAUCCAGGUCGUGGUAUGGUUCCUAGUAGUUUGCAGUAUUGUUGUGCAUGGCCUCUCAGUCCCCAUUGGAAAGGCUGGCUAUAACCUCCCUGCAACCAUCUCCAGCGUCAUCAGCACCAGCGCAUACGAGGGGCCCGAACCGGUCCCCAUCUCCAACACCAGCCACACACAUAGCACGGCCACGCCUCUCACAACGGGGGAGGAUGCGAGUUACCGCAGCCGCAAGCGUGGGUUCCGGGGUGCAAACCUUCGCCCGCCAUUCUUUGGCAUUGGUGGUUCGGUGAUCCGUCCUCGUUCGCCGUCCCACCAGCCUGGCGUGGGUCAGCCUGAUGAGCCGGAGAGACCUGUUCACCUGGUCCAGCCCAGUGAACCAGAGAGACCCAUUAACGUGGGCAUCGAUCAGACUAGAGGCGGGGAUAACAAGCCCUAG